CACUCCCAUUUGGUUAAUUCCGUUCCCAUCUUUGGAAUUGGAAUCUUCAAGAAUCUCUCCACCGGACCAAUUCCACGCUGAAUCACAGUCUAUAAAAACACAGCCCCGGCCUUGGCCCUCUCCUCCAAAUUCCAAAACCAUGGCUGCAACCUGCUCCGCCGACGAGCUCCGGCUCCUCCUCGGCGACUCCGCCAACGCCACCGCCGUGGCCGACUACAUCUGCGGGCGCUUCGACGCCGUGUCCUACGCCGUGGACAACACUUAUCUUCUGUUCUCCGCGUAUCUGGUGUUCGCAAUGCAGCUGGGGUUUGCGAUGCUGUGCGCGGGCUCCGUGCGGGCCAAGAACACCAUGAACAUUAUGCUUACCAAUGUGCUCGACGCUGCCACCGGCGGCAUUUUCUACUACGUCUUUGGAUUCGCGUUGGCGUUUGGAACCCCUUCUAAUGGCUUCAUUGGCCACCAUUACUUUGGCCUCGCUCAGUUCCCUUCUUCCUCCUACGAUUAUGGCUUCUUCAUCUUCCAAUGGGCUUUUGCCAUUGCCGCCGCCGGUAUCACCAGUGGCUCCAUUGCUGAACGCACCCAAUUUGUUGCCUAUUUGAUCUAUUCCUCUGUUUUGACUGGUUUGAUCUACCCCAUCGUGCUACUUGAUUUGUGA